GCGAGAGGUCAGGCCAUGAACCUGGGAGAUGGUUUAAAGCUUGAAACUGAAUUGUUGGAUGGAAAAACCAAGUUAAUAUUAUCUCCAUAUGUGGUUUGAAAAUAAUUCCUGUCAAUAUAUUAUAAGGGAUAUGAGAUAAUGAUGAGAAGUUAUUGUUCUCUUGCUUUCAGGCUGGUCCUUUCACAGAAAUGGGAUCAUAAUUUUUCAGUUUAAAAAGUCAUACAGAACCUCUUUCUCUAGAUGGGAAAUAAGACCAAGCUUGCAAAAUGUCCUUUAAGAACAAAACAAACUGGAUACAUUCUCAAAUCAACACAAAAUACUUGUAUCAGGAGUGGAAAACUUUUGCAAAAGAAGAGAAUGGGUUCAGAAACUUCACUGGCAAAAGGUGAAAAAAAUAGUAUGACUUUUUCACCCACUAAGGAUUUAUGCAAGCAGUGUAUAGAUAAAGACUGUCUUUAUGUCCAGAAAGAGAUUUCAUCUGCAACCCCCAAUAUACAGAAGACUAGAAACACCAUAAAUACAUCUGUAGUAGCUAAACAGAAGCUUUGCAAAAAACACAUCACAGCUGAAAAUAUGAAGAGCAGUUUGGUGUGUCUAACACAAGACCAACUACAACAGAUUUUGAUGACUGUGAACCAAGGAAAUAAAUCUGUUUCCCUGAUUGAAAAUGGAAAGGAAGAAAAAAGUCAGGGCAAUCUACAUUUAAACAAUAUUUCCAAUCAGCCAGAGGAUGAGAACGUUAUGGGAGUAUUCCAGAAAACUGAGACGCUUUCAUCUCUCCUAGAUGAAAAUAAAUCUGUUUUAAGUACAAAUCAAGAGACAUCUAAGCAGUAUGAGCAGAAAAUUGCCAUAGAGAAUGUGUGGAAACCAGCUGACAUAUUCAGUACUCUGGGGGAAAGAGAACGUGACAGAAGCUUGUUGGAAGCAAAAAAAGCCCAGUGGAGAAAAGAGCUUGAUGAACAGGUUGCUUUAAAGAAGAAAGAAAAAGAAGCUUCUGAAAAAUGGAACAAUCCUUGGAAAAAAUUUGACAGUGAUAAAAUAGUAUGGGAAAAAUUUCAAAUUCUUGACCAGCCUAAGACUUGUGCUAGCUCUUCCAGCAUUCUGUCACAGUCUCCCAGUCAGAUAACAGUGGUCCAGACUGAUGGGCACCCACUACCUAGAGCUAGUCAGAUUUUAGAGGAAGCAGUACCACGGGAACGCCCUUUCAGUGCCAUGAAACAAGAACAGCAGAGGAAAUGGAUUGAAGAUUUGAACAAGCAGAUAGAAGAUGAUCAGCAAAGAAAAAUAGAGGAAAAAAUUACAUCUUCAAAGGGUGAGGAACAUGACAGAUGGGCAAUGCAUUUUGAUUCAUUAAAGACCUAUCCUGCUUCUCAGUCUCAACUGUCUUCUUGGUCAACACACAACCAACCAGAGUACUUCUGUGUCUCUCCGGACACUCACGAACUGGCUGAUAUCAGCAGUGUUUAUACACCUAUGACUGGAAGCCAGGUUGAACCUUCAGAGGAGGAGCAUAUAGCAAAACCAGUCAGAGAUAAGACUAUGGCAGAUAGUCAGAAAACAAACUUUCUCCGUUCUAUGACUGCUCUCUUGGAUCCAGCUCAGAUUGAAGAACGUGAGAGGCGACGACAAAAACAGUUAGAACAUCAGAAAGCCAUCACCGCUCAGGUAGAAGAGAAACGCAGGAAGAAACAGCUGGAAGAACAGCAAAGAAAGAAGGAAGAACAAGAAGAGGAGCGUCGCUUAGCACGGGAACGAGAAGAGAUGCAGAAACAGUAUGAAGAAGACAUACUUAAGCAAAAACAAAAGGAAGAAAUCAUGACUCUCAAAACAAAUGAGCUAUUUCAGACAAUGCAGAGAGCACAGGAGCUAGCACAGAGGCUGAAACAAGAACAGAGAAUCCGAGAAUUGGCACAAAAGGGACACGACACUUCUGGAUUGAUUAAAAGUCUUGGUGGACAUGGCUUGGAUGAUGUCAGUGGUAAAAAGAAUACAUGUAUCAAUUCUACAACCUCUCCCAAAAAGGAUACUGCUGUGCAAACAGAUGACUUAAAUACAGGAACAUUCACCAAUGCAGAAUCAUUCUGUGGAACAGUAAUAGAGAGGGAAAUUCUAAACUGUUCAUCUCCUGAGAUUCCUGCAGAAUUUAAUGAACAGUUUAACACUAAGAAGGACAAAGAGGAACUAAUAAAUCAGGUUAAAGGAGCCAACCUAGAAAAAGAAAACAGUUGGUGUGAUGAUCAGUGUAACGAGUUUGCAAGGACAGAGAAAGCACUUAUGAAGAAAUGUCCUAAAAGGCCUGAUUGGAAUAUAAACAAACCACUCAAAAGGUAUAUUCCAGCAUCAGAAAAGUACCCCAAACAGCUUCAAAAGCAGAGAGAAGAAAAAAAAGUAAGAAGGCAGCUGGAACUGCUUAAUUUGGUAGAAAGAAAUAGUCCUGGACAUCUCUCUCAAAAUAGAGGCACUUCACCAGUUCUUCCUUCAUCUCAAGAAACUGAGCCAAGGUUCAGGUGGCAUCUAAUGAAAAAGGAAGAAGAGCCUCUGAAAAUUAAUUCUUUCAGCAAGGAAAGGUCUCAGUCACCACCACCAGUUCCAGUGGUGAAAAACAGAACACAACAAACUCUAAAAAACAGUAAUUACGAAAGACAAAAUCUGAUCUUAGAAGACAGUCAAACAGAAACAUCACCUGGACUUCCUGAACGGUCCCAUUUUAUCCCCUAUGUCCGAACCAAUGAGAUUUAUUACCUUGAUCCAGAUGCACCACUGUCAAGGCCUUUAACCCACGAUCUUCAGUACCAAAAUCCACAUGCCUGUGACCAAGAACAACGGCAGCUCUUUGAUGCUGAUGUCAGGGACCCACUUCUUAAUCCUAACUUGGUGAAAAACAGGGACCGACAGCAAGCAAUCCUUAAGGGACUAUCAGAACUGAGACAGGGCCUUCUCCAGAAGCAAAGGGAGUUGGAAACUAAUCUCAUGCCUUUAGCUGCAAAUCAAGAAGAGAAUUUUAAUUCUUCGUUUUAAAUGUAGAAAAUCAAAUCCUUCACAUUUGUUGCUUCUAAAUUAUAAACUGUGUUCAUUGCAUUACUGUAUUUUCCAAAUAACCUAGAUUUUAUAAAUGCUUAUCUAAAACUUGUACAUUAUGUAGUAAACGCUGUGUGUGUGUAUAUAUACAUUUUUUACAAUAAAACAGACAUUUUUGUAAA